AUGAGAGCUAUAACAGAACGAUACGCUCAGCUUAGUCAUGGAGAAGUAGAGAAGAGGGUGGAAAUGAAACCGUAUGUGCUGGAUGAUCAGAUUUGUGAGGAAUGUAUCCGCGAGCCAAAUGGCGGACGACAUGCACCUUUCUUCUGCCCGCAUCUCGAGUGCUUACAGUACUACUGUGAAUCGUGUUGGACAUCGAUGCAUGGCAGUCCAUCUCGAGAGCAUCACAAGCCGCUCGUCAAAGAAGCUUAA